AUGACGCCCGCUCGCGCGCGCGCGAGGCGUCGCGCGAAGGCCACGGGCUACGCUCGCCUCGCUUUCGCCCUCGCCUUAGCCUCGAGCGGCGCGAGCGCGGCGACACCGAGCUCGGCCGGCCGACCCGGCGCUCGACCGUGGAUCGUCGAACGCGCCGAGCUCCACGGCCUGAGCGCGAACGCGCUGGAGGAGGCGUCGAGUAACGUUGAGACUAUCGUGAGCAGAGAUUGUUUCGUCGUCGCGCGGGACGGGGUGGUAGUGCAUGAGUCGUACUACGGCGGCGCGGAUGCCAACACCCAGACGAACGCGGACGGCGUCGGGACGUUGGCGCUGGUGGCGGCGACGGGGGUGGCGGCGCAGCAAGGUUUGUUGGAGUUAGACGCGCCGUUAAGUAAGUAUAAUGUGCGGAGCGCGGAGGAAGCGUUCGGGGGACGCGUAGACGGAGUGACCGUGCGGCAGCUGUUGGCGCAGACGCACGGGGGUGGAUCACGAGAGCCCGGAAGCGCGUUUGAGCGCGACGAUCUUCGCACCGGGCCGUUCUUGGACAUUAUAGGCGAUAUCAUCGAGACGGGUAGUGGAAUGAAGCUCGCGGAGUGGGCGCGGGUGAACUUGGCGGAGAAGCUCGGAGCGCCGCACAUGUUUGAGAGCUCGUCUAGGGCGGAUGGAGCUGAUGGCGCGUCACUUUGGCGCGAUUUGCGCAUGACAUGUCGAGAUGCGGCCAAGCUCGGGCAGCUGUUUAUCAAUCAAGGAAAGUGGAUGAGCGUAGACGGUAGCGUUCGGCACAUGUUCGAUCCCUCGUUCGCGGUGGAGGCGCUGUCGGUGAGUUAUCCAAAGCUGAAUCAAGCACACGGUUUCAUGACGUGGCUGCAUGUUCCCGUCACGCCCACGGGUACGCAGUGCUGUGCGCCAAGGACGGUGAAGAACUCGUGCGGCUCGAGUGCCGAGGCGAUCAGUGGCCCGAUUCUCGGGAAGGACGCGCCGCACGCCCCGGUGGCUGUCUCCAUGGGAGACGAAGGAUCAAUGAUUUUUAUGUUGCCAGAGACGAACACCGUGGUGGUUACGCUCGGUCGCACCACCCCGGGAUCGCCGGCGUGUCCUGCCGCCCCUUCAGACGUCGUCGACACAGGUGGUAACGGUCGUCGCGAUGACGCGUACCUUCUACGCACGAUGUGGUCAGCCAUGGGUGGAGCCCUCAAGCCUCUCGAGUUGGACGCGCCGUCGAGAAAGGCCGUGUCGCAAAAGGAAGCAGCUCUUGAGCACGACUGGCAAAGAUGGAAGGAAAAGAAGUCGUCGAAAAAGUCCAAGGGUAACGAAGUGGCGAAGACUGGGUCGAGCCAGUCCGCUUCUUCCAGCAUUUUGGAUGCCGUACGCGAGGCGGUUGCGCAAGUCAUGGGAAGCGCAGCGGCAAAGGAUGACGGGGUUGUGCACGAUGGCCACGCGACGUACGAGGUCCCGGAUCCAGACAGACUCGGCGAAAUGAGUCCCACGACGUUCAGAGCGCCGGUUCCUAAACCGUUCACACCGGGUGAGGAGGCGGAAGAAGAAUACAAGAGACGGCAGAUUGAGUAUGCUCGGGACAUGCAGGAACGCGAGUACAAAAAGUUUGAGUCAAGCGUGCAGGCAGACUAUCGGGAAGCGCUGACUAAAACGCGCGAGAAGUACCAGAAAGACAUGCGAGCGGCGCAAAAGGAGAAGAACGCCGCCGUCAGGGCGCAAAAGGAAGACCUCGCCGCCUCAGUGUACUUGGAGGCGGUCAACAAAAUUGAGCACACGGGGACGCAGGCUUUGCAACAGUUGGAUUUGUGGCGCAAGGCGACUCUUCCUCCUUUGAUCGACGGUGAGGAUGCCACGUCGAGCAAUAUCACGGCUUCUAGAUCGCACAAGGUGAAAGGAAGCGAUCUUGGCGCGGUAGAAUCGAGAAAGAUCCACGAUUACAACGACAUAGCAUUGGCGAUGGACGGCGUCUCCGCGAAGCUGAAGCGACUUGCGAAGGGCGACUCGCGCUCGAGCCGCGGAUCGUACGCGGCUCUGGGCGAUGCUCAAGACAAGCCAUCGAAGAGUAUUCGAGGUUCGUGCGUAUGUGGUUGUCCGAACACGAAAGCAUCGCAGGCGACGUGCUUCGAUAUCGACGCCAGCGCUCUCGGAUCGGAGGAGGCAGCCGCCAACGCGUGCGCCUCGAUGCACUCUCGCGCUGGGUUAGGUUGCCCGCACACGGGCAUCGUACAACAGUGCGGUGAGAUAAUUGGCAAACAUGGGAGCUCUAGCGAUGAUUUGGAGUGUCGUCAAGUUCGACGAUGCCCUCGCACGAAAGAGGACGCAUCGAAGACAGCGUUCCUCGCGGCAGUUUUCGAUUGCAGGCCGACGAAGUUUGCGCACUGCGCCUUUGUCGCCUCCCCGUGCGCGCACUCAAACAUCGUCAUCAAGCCCGUGGCUUCUCGCGCUUUGGAAGCGGAUAAGGAAGCGUCGACGCUCGCGCAGCCGCAGUAUCCGCGGCGUGCGGCGCACAGGUUCCCAGAGCACGAGCACACACACCUCAAUAGCGGGAACGCCAUGCAGCGAUGGUUCCAAAACUCAUCCGCCGAGGUAAGCGUGGGAUUGGUGAUGGCCAUCUUAUCAUUGGCGCUGAUUACGAUUGCGCGCAAUUUCCCGUCCGCGGUGACGGGUGGCGAGAGGUUCGGUGCAGCUCCGUCCAAGCCGAGGCAACGAAAAGUGUCGGCGCCAGAGCGCGUACCCCUGUUGGGAACUCACCAAAAGUGCGAGCCAUCCAAGGCCGUCCCCGCGGUAGGUAAACACCAUCGUUCGACGCCUUCGAUCUCUUCGAUGUCGUCCGACGCUCCGAGCCCAGUCAUGAACGUCGCCGAGGCCGCAGAUGUCGUGCAGAGGUUCCCAAGGCCGAUCAAAGUGUUUCAACCUCAGGGCGACGAGUUGACUAGAAGAGAUCCGAGGCGCACGGCGGCUCCGAAACCGGCGGUGCGCGUUCCCGUCGUCGAGCAGUCCGAGGACGACAACGACUCAACGGAGAGUUGA